AUGGUGGGAGAAUUGGUGGUCAACGAUGGAAUAAUGGCAGAUACCUGCUUAUCCAAUCACCAUCUUUCCACAGCAGAUAACUCCUUCGGUCCUUUGGUGAAGUGGUGGCUUAUCAAUGAGUAUAGCAUUCACUGCCAAGAUCACAUUUCCAAAUGGGAGGAACGUAUAUGCUUAAAAAGUGGAAGAAAGUUUUUCAAACCUAAAGUCAAUGGAUCCAUUAGACCUUCUGUUGGAUUGUUUUCUAAAUCAUUUGAUGAGGCGUUUGCGUUUUAUCAGAGAUAUGCACUUGCUGCAGGUUUUUCAUCAAGAAAAAAUACCUCUUGGAAAAAUGGUGGUGGUUUAAUGAAAAUAAGAUAUAUUGUCUACUCAAAAGAAGGAUUUCAUGUUAGCAAAGAAAUAGAUUCCGGUUUAGUUGAUGAGAAUAGAAAAAAGAUUGUUAGACGUAAUAGAGGUUCAAAAAGAGUUGGAUGCAAUGCUCAUGUGAAAUUAAUAUUAGAGAACAAUAAUAUGUAUAAAAUCUACUACUUUGAAGAAGAACAUAAUCAUAUCUUUGUUAAAGAUGAAGAUAUUCAUUUCUUGCCUGCUGCCAGAAGUAUUGAUUAUGUUAAAGAAAGUUUUAUAUCUGGAUUGUAUGCAAUCAAUAUUGGACCUGUUAAAGCAUUCAAUGUUAUGAAAACAAUGUAUGGUGGUUUUGGUGAAGUUGGUGCUAGUAAAAAUGAUUGUAAGAACUAUAGAAAGGAUUUGAAUCUUUACAUAGGAGAGUAUGAUGCAGAAAUGGUAGUUAGGCGUCUUAUUAGGAAGAAAGAAUGUUCUCCUGGUUUCACAUGUGAUUAUGUUAUUGGUGAUGAUAGAAGAUUGAAAGGACUUUUCGGGGCUGAUGAGCAAUCAAAAACAAAUUAUACAGUAUUUGGAGACAUAGUAGGUUUUGAUGCUACUUAUAAAUCAAACAAGAAUGUCACAUUUGGUGGUGCAUUACUUUGUUCUGAGACUGCAGGUUCUUAUCAAUGGCUUUUAAGGUGCUUUGUUAAUGCUUUUGGAAAUGAGCCUAAAGUUGUUGUUACUGAUCAAGAUGUUGCAAUGAAGAGAGCUAUUAAUGAUGUUCUUUCAAGAAGUAGAAAUAGGUUAUGUAUGUGGCAUAUAUGGGAAAAAUUGAAGACAAGGGUUGGUCAUGUUUUGUCAUCCAACAUUGAGUUUAAUACAAGAAUCACUCAUGUUGCUUGGAAUGAUACUAUUAUUCCAGAAGAUUUUGAAACUGAGUGGCAUUCAAUAAUGUCAACUUUUGGAUUGGAAAAUCAUGAAUGGUUAAAAGAUAUGUACGAUCUUCGAUUUGAUUGGAUACCCUCUUAUUACCAUGGAGAGAAUUUGGCUGGUCUUAUGCGUACUACAUCUAGAUGUGAAAGCGAGAAUUACUUCUUUGGUCAGUUUUGUAAUCCAAGAUGUACACUUGUUGAAUUUUUCACUCAUUUUGAGACUGCAAUGGAUUUUCAAAGGCAUGAACAUAGGAGGAAUGAUCAUGAUACAAGGUUCAAUACAGUAAACAAGAAGAUGGUUUAA